GCCUCGGUAUUUGCUGUUAUAAAAGCUCUCCUAAUAAAUCACCUCUGUAAAUAGCCAGUACUCUAUACUAUCUAUUUAGUGUCAUCUUUUUCCAUGUCUCCUUUUUCACCUUGUUUUUAUUUCCUUUAUCAAACUGAUUUUUUCUACCUUUGAGAGAGAACUUUAUAUGAUUCAUUCUGUAGCACAUAACUACUAUCUUGCUUUCUACUAUCAAAACUACUAUCUCACACUUUCAUUAUUAUUCACUUAUUUAAUAUUUUCUGAAGGCUAACAAUUCACUUUACCGGUUUGUUGGAAGUAAAAAGCUUGUUAAUAGUGAUAGGAUCAUCUCAGACUUGUGCAUUAUUUGUGCUUUGCCAAUGAAACGGAGUCAUCUGGGGAGAGCUUGGUGUUGAGAGAGGGUCCAGUUCUAGUUGUCAGUGGACAAAUCUUCUAACUCCUCUGGAAUUCUCCCAUCUAGUGUGAGAAUUUCCUUCUGUGUUAUAGAAAGACUAGCUAAAUUCAGCUUAAACAAAGAUUUAUUCAUCCUUUCAUUCAGCAAAUAUUCUGCACUUGCUGUGUGCUAGGCAUUGUUACAAGUGUUGUAGAUAUAGUGAUAAAAAAGACAGGGUGCCUCUGUUCUGAAGCUUACACUGUAGUGAGAAAGACGCACACAGUUACAUAUAUGGAGUCAGAGAAAAUGCCUUCUGCAUCCUGUGAUACAUUCCUGAAUGACAUAGAAGAUAUUGUGUCACAAGAAGAUUCAAAGCCACAAGAUAGGCAUUUUUCAAGAAAGCACGUUGUUCCAAAGGUGCGAAGGCGAAAUACCCAAAAAUAUUUGCAAGAGGAAAACAGUCCACCAAGUGAUAGCACUAUUCCAGGCAUACAGAAAAUUUGGAUACGAACUUGGGGUUGUUCUCAUAAUAAUUCAGAUGGAGAAUACAUGGCUGGACAACUGGCUGCUUAUGGAUAUAAAAUUACAGAAAAUGCAUCAGAUGCAGACUUAUGGCUCCUGAAUAGUUGUACUGUAAAAAAUCCGGCUGAAGACCACUUUAGAAACUCAAUUAAAAAAGCUCAAGAGGAGAACAAGAAAAUAGUGCUUGCUGGCUGUGUUCCUCAAGCCCAGCCUCGUCAGGAUUACCUCAAAGGGCUGAGCAUCAUCGGGGUUCAACAGAUAGAUCGUGUAGUAGAAGUUGUGGAGGAAACAAUUAAAGGUCACUCUGUGAGACUGUUGGGUCAGAAAAAGGAUAAUGGAAAACGUUUGGGGGGAGCACGACUGGAUUUGCCAAAGAUUAGGAAGAAUCCACUCAUAGAAAUCAUUUCCAUCAAUACUGGGUGUCUCAAUGCUUGUACCUACUGCAAAACUAAACACGCCAGAGGAAAUUUGGCCAGUUAUCCAAUUGAUGAAUUAGUAGAUAGAGCCAAACAGUCUUUUCAAGAGGGUGUUUGUGAGAUAUGGUUGACCAGUGAAGACACGGGGGCUUACGGCAGAGAUAUUGGCUCCAGCCUCCCGGCCCUGCUGUGGAAGCUGGUUGAAGUGAUUCCUGAGGGAGCGAUGCUGAGGCUGGGCAUGACCAAUCCACCCUAUAUUUUAGAGCACCUGGAGGAAAUGGCAAAAAUCCUUCAUCACCCCCGAGUCUAUGCUUUUCUGCACAUACCAGUUCAGUCUGCCUCUGACACUGUGCUCAUGGAAAUGAAAAGAGAAUACUGCGUGGCUGACUUCAAAAGAGUGGUGGAUUUUCUAAAAGACAAAGUUCCUGGAAUAACUAUUGCUACAGAUAUUAUCUGUGGUUUUCCUGGAGAAACAGACCAAGAUUUUCAAGAAACAGUGAAACUUGUUGAAGAGUACAAAUUUCCAAGUCUCUUUAUUAACCAGUUUUACCCAAGACCAGGAACUCCUGCUGCAAAAAUGGAACAAGUUCCAGCACAAGUGAAAAAGCAAAGAACAAAAGAGCUCUCUCGGAUAUUUCAUUCGUACAACCCAUACGAUCACAAGAUUGGUCAGAGACAACAAGUGUUAGUCACGGAAGAAUCUUUUGAUUCCAAGUUUUAUGUUGCGCACAAUCGAUUCUACGAGCAGGUUUUAGUGCCAAAGAACCCCACAUUCAUGGGGAAAAUGGUCGAAGUGGACAUUUAUGAAUCAGGAAAACAUUUUAUGAAGGGGCAGCCAGUUUCGGACGCCAAAGUAUACACGCCAUCCAUCAGCAAACCAUUAGCAAGAGGAGAAGUCUCGGGUUUAACAGAGGAAUUCAGAAAUAGGCUUGGGAAUCACCUGAAUUCAGUACCCCACACCUCAGCUGCAAAUCGACAAGAGUUGGCCAGUUCCCGGAUGGUGCUACGAUUGCAAAGACUACACCAGGACUUUGCACUGAAGAUGUCUGUGGGCCUGGCUCUGUUUGCUCUUCUUUUUGCGCUUUUGGUCAAGGUCUAUAAUUAAAACACAACCAGCUGAAGCACCUGUGAAGAAGAAUAAAUUUCUAAUUCAAAUCUUCAAAGAAAAGGAGAGCAACCACAUCAGUUCUCAAAGGGCAAUGAUUUAUACUGGCCUCACUAACGGCUCUUCAGCCACACUCUUUAAUGAGGCUUCCCUGUCUCACAUUGAGUUGGACCCAUUGGUUAUUUGACCUAAAAUCUAAUAACGGCUGCCAUAGCAUAUCUUUUCAAUUAAGCGCCCUUGGGUUUAUUUUUAGCAAAAAAAAUGCAAGCGGUUGCAUUUUCUUUAAAUCACCAGUCUUCAAGUCAGAACCUGUUUGUAUGGUGGGUCUGGUUACCUCUUCCUCAUGCAGGAAGAAUUUUCCAUUUUCAAUAAACAUUUUAAAAUCUUA